AAAAAUAAUAUUGGCUGUGAAAAAAAAGAUGUUUUGGAACGCAUGAAUUAUUUAUAUCAGGCAAGUAAACUUGUUUCUAAGCAUGACACUAUCUCAGCGUCAUGUUUCGGCAAUGCAAUGAUAAGUUGUUCGAGAAAAGCCGUCCUGAGAAUAGAAACGGAUUUAAAAAGAUCAAUAUGUAAAUGUUGCCAGACUCCGUUAAUCCCUGGAGAGACAUCUCGCGUGAGGUUAAUAACAAAGCCAAUAAAAGCUAUAAAAACAACAUGUCUGAUUUGCAAAACUAGUAAAAAAAUUCCUACGAAGCCCGGCUAUAAAUUAUGGACCGAAAAUCCCGAUUCUAUUAACCAAAUAUUUAAUUACACUCCAAAAAUAAAACAAAGUGACUCUUUACUUGAAAAAGAACAACAACAUGGCGGACAAAACAAAAUGGCCGCUUCUGGCGGUGAAAAUAAUAUUAAAAAUCCAAAAAUAGAACAAAGUGACUCUUUACCUGAAAAAGAAUCAAAAAAUAGCGGACAAAACAAAAUGGCUGCUGGUGAAAUUAUUAUUGUAAAUAAUGAAGACUAAUUUGAUUAUGAAUAUUGUAGUGUUUUUAUAUUUAUAUA